AUGGCUGACUCUAUUCCCAUCACUGUUGAGUUCACGGGCGGACUUGAGCUGCUAUUCGGCAAUGAGCGCAAACAUCAGGUUUCAUUACCUGCCCGCUCAGAUGAUGGCAACCCUUCAAACAUCGCUUACUUACUUCGAUACCUUGUCGAUAACCUACUGAAGGACCAAAGGAAGGAAAUGUUUAUCAUGGAAGACAAUGUUCGACCGGGUAUUCUUGUUCUGAUCAAUGACGCCGAUUGGGAACUAGAGGGAGAGGAAACAUACGAGCUUCAACCGAGAGAUAAUAUUGUCUUUGUGUCAACACUGCAUGGUGGUUAA